CAGGCACGAAAUAAAUACAGUGGGGGAGCCACUAGGUGGCUGGCGCCUGGCUAUAUAUAAAGCAAUCAAGAAUGGAAGAAUUCUCUUGAAAAAGGUCACGAGUCACACCCACUGCACUACACGACACUUCGCCACCCGGAAGAGAAGAAACUUACGGCAUUUCUUACACUCUCACUUCUCUGCGUUACCAAAUCUCACUUCCCAAAGAUCUAAAAAUCAAGUCUUGAUUGGCAGAUCCCAUCAUCAACUUCUGGGUUCAAGCUUCACUCUCUUCAAAACUUGUGGAGAGUGAUCUGCAAUGGACAUUUGUGCUACCUUAAAGUCUAACGCCCACUUCCCCAGAGAGUCUGAGUUUUGGGGAGAGAGGAUCAGAGGCAGUCUAAAGAACAAUUCAUUUGCGGGUCAGUUCGGGAAAAUUUUGAGGCUUGAAGGAAAGAAGCAGAAGGUCAAAGCUGGGGUUGCAUUCUCUGUUCUCACUGCUGAAAAUGGAAGAGAGACUGUGACGGUCGAUGUAACAAGACGGGAGAGACGUCGGGCGGAUCCCAAAAGCGUGGCUGCAAUCAUCCUGGGAGGUGGGCCUGGGACACAACUAUUUCCUCUCACCAACAGAGCUGCAACUCCAGCUGUUCCAGUUGGAGGGUGCUAUAGGAUGAUAGACAUCCCAAUGAGCAAUUGCAUCAACAGCGGAGUUAACAAGAUCUUUGUGCUGACUCAGUUCAAUUCUGCUUCUCUAAACCGUCACAUUUCCCGCACCUACUUUGGCAAUGGUGUGAACUUUGGAGAGGGUUUUGUUGAGGUGUUGGCUGCAACCCAAACACAAGGAGAAACUGGAAUGGAGUGGUUUAAAGGAACAGCAGAUGCUGUUAGACAAUUUACAUGGGUAUUUGAGGAUGCUAAGAACAAGGACGUCGAUAAUAUAGUCAUUCUGUCAGGCGAUCAACUCUAUCGCAUGGAUUACAUGGACUUGGUGCAGAAUCAUAUUGAUCGCAAUUCUGAUAUUACUAUUUCGUGUGCUGCAGCAGGAGAGAGCCGAGCAUCAGAUUUUGGGCUGGUGAAAAUUGAUCGAUGGGGCAAAGUAGUCCAGUUUUCUGAGAAACCCAAGAGAGCUGAUCUGAAAGCCAUGCAAGUAGACACUACUUUCUUGGGGUUGUCACCUCAAGAAGCCAAAGUUAAUCCUUAUAUAGCUUCAAUGGGAGUUUAUGUCUUUAGGAGAGAUGUCCUUUUGAGGCUGUUGAAGUGGAGAUAUCCCACAUCCAAUGACUUUGGAUCCGAGAUUCUCCCCGCUGCUGUGAUGGAUCACAAUGUCCAAGCUUAUGUAUUCAGAGACUACUGGGAGGAUAUUGGGACAAUAAAAUCAUUCUAUGAUGCUAACUUGGCCCUAACUGAAGAGUCGCCAAAGUUUCAGUUCUAUGAUCCAAAGACGCCUUUCUAUACAUCCCCGCGAUUUCUACCACCAACCAAAAUUGACAACUGCACGAUCAAGGAUGCAAUAGUUUCUCAUGGGUGUUUCUUACGAGAGUGCGCUGUGGAGCACUCCAUUGUUGGUGAACGUUCACGGUUAGAUGGUGGUGUUGAAUUGAAGGAUACUUUAAUGAUGGGAGCAGAUUACUAUGAAACAGAAUCUGAAAUUGCCUCCCUUCUAGCCGAGGGAAAGGUGCCAAUUGGAAUUGGAGAAAACACAAAAAUUAGGAAUGCUAUCAUUGACAAGAACGCAAGGAUUGGGAAAGAUGUUGUCAUCCUGAAUAAAGAUGGUGUCCAAGAGGCAGACAGGCCAGAUGCAGGUUUCUACAUUAGGUCAGGGAUUACUAUUAUAAUGGAGAAGGCAACUAUUCCUGAUGGAACUGUCAUAUAAUAACAUGAGCAGAGCAGAGAAAGGUUCUUGGUAAAACUAUGUUCCAGUAAAGACUCACAACAAGAUAUUUUCUGCAAGUUUAUGAAGACUGAAGAGAAGCACAUCUGAAGCAGAUCAAACAAAAGUGUCCCAAAAAAAAAAGAAUUAAUGUAGAACUGUUCAAGAGUAUGUAAGAUAAAUCCAAUUUUCAUUCAGAUCAUUAAUAAUACAUAAGAUGGCUAUUUAGCUGUGGUUGUAAAAGCUUUUGAUUGUGAUAGCUAGAAAGCUCAGCAUCAAGUUUCAUUCUCAUUCUCCUUUUAUUGUUAGUGUUACUCGUAUUAUUUACUAGUAGGAGUAUUAUUUUUGCAUUCUUCCAAGAUCCAAACACAAGAAUUGAUUAAUGGGGUAAAUGAAGGAAAGUAAUCAUUAAUAUUACUUUCCAGGAUAGGGUUAGAAUCUGAAAAAAGGUGGGGAGGUGGUACGGUGGGAUUAAUAAUUUUAAACGAGGUAAUAUGAACAAAUAAUAAAGAGGCGGUAAAGAUAUAAGGAAAAAUUGACUUUCUCUUUGUUUUCUAUAAUUUGUUAUAUGAUUAUAUCUAGGUUAGUCGUGUUUUUCCUUUUCUUUUGGUAAAAAGUCAUAAUAACAUCACUAUGAACAUUAGAAAAGGCACAAGUUUUUUUUUACUGUCUUAAAAAAGGUACACGUUUUUAUAAAUAUGAUUAUAUAUUUUUUUCGUUAUAAAAUAUAGAGGAAAUUAUAGACUUAGAAAUCUAACUUAUGCUUUGUGUCUUUUACUGUUGUAACAUAAUUCAUUAUCAAAUCCCAUCUUGUAACUAAUGAUUUUUUUAUUGUAAUAACUUUUCAUUGGAAAGUACUGUUUCUGUGUUUCAGUUGAAAAUUUUAUGGAGGGCAACUUUACUUAUGCGCAUUUUGGCGGAAAUGACACAUUCUAGUGGAAAAUCCUUAAUUUGAUAAGUUUUAUAGUUCAAGACUUCAAGACAUUAUCUACAAGUAGAGUUAGAGCUAAUAUGUAACUUUUGAAAUGUGUAUUAUCAUACAAGAAUGUGAUAAUCAAUCUUAACCUAUUCAUUUGAUGAUUUGUCAA